UCAUCAUCUUAAACGAUAAUCAAAACACUAAAAACAUAGUUUUUCUUCUUUCUCUUCCCUACGAUAGAUUCGACGCCUUCCUUCUUAUCAUCCAUUCGGACAUUGAAUCAGAGAGUUCUUCUUGUCUUAGCUUGUUGAAACCCAAACUUUCAAUUCCUACAUCGAAUCAGUGAGUAUUGCUUUGUCCUCCAUUGUGUUCGAUUCCGAAAUCAAACACAAACUCAUCGAUUUCAUAUGGGUCUUCUUUGUCCGCCAUUGUUGGCCACAGAUUGAGCUUUAUAUUGUCGAUUUCGAAGUGGGUUUUGCGGAUUUUGGACAGUGCAGCGAUUGUUAUAAAGCAACCAAAGAGAUUUGAGGCAACCCUUUUCUCCUCUGUGUAAAAAGGAAAAAAAAUUGUGAAAGUGGAUUCCUUUGAAACAUCCACCUGACUAAAGGAAACAAUUCAUAAAGGAAAGUCUUCGUCUAAGUCCAAAUCGUUUACAGGCUGAAAAAGUGAAAGCGAAGAAAAGGCAGUCAUAUCUUCUGGUCGUCGGAAGCCAUGGCUUCUCUUCUCAGGCCAACUCCAAUACUCUCUACACCUCACAAGCUCACUCACUCUCAUCUCCACACCUAUACUCUCUCUCUCCCAUUCAAAAUCCCAACUCAGAGAAACCCACAUAAUCAAUUUCUCAAUCCAUGUCGUUCCUCAUCAACACCACCGUCACAGCAAAAGGCUUCACAGAGGAAGAGAACUAGGUACAGGAAACAGUACCCAGGAGAAAACAUUGGGAUAACUGAGGAAAUGAGAUUCGUAGCUAUGAGAUUACGCAAUGUUAGUGGAAAAAAAUUGAAUCUUUCUGGUGAUAAUACUGAAAACGAAGAAGAAUAUGAAGACGAUGAUGAUGAAGUAAAGGGAGAGACUUGGAGGCCGAGUGAAGAAGGGUUUCUUAAGUACUUAGUUGAUAGCAAGCUUGUCUUUGAUACUAUUGAACGAAUUGUUGACGAAUCUGAGAAUGUUUCAUAUGCUUACUUCAGGAGAACAGGAUUAGAGAGAUGUGAAAGUCUUGAGAAGGAUCUACAAUGGUUUAGAGGACAAGAUUUGGUUAUACCAGAACCAAGUAACAUUGGAGUUUCUUAUGCAAAGUAUUUGGAAGAACAAGCAGGAGAAAGUGCACCUUUGUUUCUUUCUCAUUUCUACAGUAUCUACUUUUCGCACAUUGCUGGUGGUCAAGUUAUUGUAAAAAAGGUAUCUGAGAAGCUUCUGGAAGGAAAGGAGAUGGAGUUCAAUAGGUGGGAAGGAGAUGCACAAGACUUACUUAAAGGCGUCCGUGAGAAGCUUAACGUGCUUGGAGAGCACUGGACUCGGGACGAGAAAAAUAAAUGCUUGAAGGAAACAGCAAAGGCAUUUAAGUCUAUGGGGCAGAUAAUUCGCUUGAUCAUCUUGUAAAAAUCUUGAUUUAAAUGUUAACGGAUCCCAGCACCAGACCUGUGUUCACGAUGGUCAGUGCUGGAAUUGAAGUUGAUGAACACCAGCCUCCAUGGCUGAAUGAGCCACCUUGUGUUCUUUGCUGGUCUAAGUCAGCUGUAAAGAGAAGCCAAAUUGCUAGUUGUAAAAUGUAGCCAUCGUCUGAGGAAUGUUUGAUGAAAUAUUGUUGUUCCUUAGUUUUAAACAAACAAAUUAUAUUAGAAUUUUGGUUUAACAGGGUUGAUCGGGUUGCGUUGU